AGAUUGUUCUCUUUUAAAGAGGAUGUUUUAUUCCAGGCGAGAUCUCCGGCGGAGGCUGUUAUUGGUAUAAUCAAAUCCAGUUUGGCUAGGCUGAGUCCGAGCGCAGACAGUGAAGACAUGCACUAAGACACUUGGAUAACUGAAUUAACUGAAUUAACCGUGUUAUUCUGAUUCGCUUGAUUCCGCGGGGAAGCUUAGCAGAAUCAUCGCUGCACCUUCGAGUCAUAUGCCUGAUUCUAUAUUGCUUGCCUAGAGUAUGCAUUCAUCCCGGCGGACCUUGUCGAAAUGAAGAACAUGAUCUAUCCUGAGCCCCUCUUUAAUAUGGAGUAGACUUGAGUAACAGAGGCCAUAAAGCAACCAGGACCGCACAUAAACAGCCAUGCCAAUUGAUCCUUCAUCCUUCAGUAGUCACCAUGUCUCUACGCACUGUACUCGCUCUAAGCCUCACCAUCACAGGCUCCCUCGCCGCCCCCUGUGACAUCUACUCCUCCGGCGGCACACCCUGCAUCGCCGCCCACAGCACCACCAGAGCCCUAUACAGCUCCUUCAGCGGCGCCCUCUACCAGGUGCAGCGCGGCUCCGACGGCACCACAACAACCAUCUCCCCUCUCUCCGCGGGGGGAGUCGCAAACGCCGCUACCCAAGACACCUUCUGCACGGGCACAACCUGCCUCAUCACCAUCAUCUACGACCAGUCCGGCAACGGGAACCACCUCACCCAAGCACCGCCCGGCGGGUUCGACGGCCCCGAGUCCGGCGGGUACGACAACCUGGCCAGCGCAAUCGGGGCCCCCGUAACCCUCAACAACAAAAAGGCGUACGGCGUCUUCGUCUCCCCAGGGACGGGGUACCGCAAUAAUGCCGCCACAGGGACAGCCACGGGCGAUGAGGCGGAGGGGAUGUACGCCGUGAUCGACGGCACGCACUACAACGACGGGUGCUGCUUCGACUACGGGAACGCCGAGACAAACAGCCUGGAUACAGGGAACGGGCAUAUGGAGGCUAUUUACUUUGGGACGAACACGGCCUGGGGGUCUGGUGCUGGGAGUGGGCCUUGGCUGAUGGCGGAUCUCGAGAAUGGGUUAUUCUCUGGGAGGAGUGCGAGCAAUAAUGCGGGGGAUCCGAGUAUCGAGGAUAGAUUCUUUACGUCCAUCCUUAAGGGGGGACCGAAUGAGUGGGCGAUUCGCGGGGCGAGUGCGGUUUCGGGGGCGUUGGAUACGUAUUAUAGUGGUGUGCGGCCGGAUGCGGAUGGGUAUAACCCUAUGAGCAAAGAAGGGGCGAUUAUACUCGGUAUCGGCGGGGAUAAUAGUGUCAGUGCGCAGGGGACGUUCUACGAGGGCGUCAUGACAUCGGGGUAUCCGUCCGAUGAGACGGAGGACGCAGUGCAGGCUGAUAUCGUUGCGGCCGGGUAUGCCACUGCGCCGUUGACAAGUGGCGACGCACUCACGGCUGGUUCUUCGGUUUCGCUGCGCGCGACGACGGCCUGCUGCACGACGCGGUAUCUGGCACAUACGGACUCGACUAUAAACACGCAAGUCGUGUCGUCGUCCAGCAGUACCGCUCUAAAGCAGCAAGCCAGCUGGACUGUGCGGACGGGACUGGGGAACAGCGCCUGUUUCUCGUUUGAGUCUGUUGACACGCCUGGAAGCUAUAUCCGGCAUGCGGACUUUGCGUUGCUGCUGAAUGAAGAUGAUGGGUCCAAGUUGUUUGCUGAAGACGCGACGUUCUGUCCGCAGGAGGGACUGAAUGGCGAGGGCAGUGCGAUUCGGGCGUGGAGCUAUCCCACGAGGUAUUUCCGCCAUUUCGACAAUGUGCUUUAUGUUGCGAGCAACGGGGGUGUGCAUGAGUUUGAUGCGGCGGCGUCGUUUACUGAUGAUGUUAGCUGGGUGGUGGACAUUGGGUUUGCUUGAUGCAGUGCAGUUGCAGAUGCGGUUUGAUGCAGUGUAUAUAGCCUAGUUAUAAGAUGACACAGAACAGGCUACUUCUGUCCUUUGCGUGAGAGAAUUAUACAACAACCUUACCUUUAGUGUCCCCAAUUAUAGCAGUCAGGCCAUCCGUCCGCCGAGCCGACUGUCGAGUGCUGCAUCCUUGUGU